AUUACUAUAAGCUAUUUCCUGGGGCACUACUAGCUUUCCUCCCAAGUCGACCUGCAUUUGCCAAUCAUCAUCCCCUACCAGGCAGCCAUCUACCUGCCUUCUCCCUGACUUAGCAGCUCUAGCAGACUACCAAAACUCAUAUAACUGCAGAUGCUGAGGGAUGUUCCUAAUACAACCUUCAAUACAGUGAAUAAAUGAUAAAAUGAAGCUGUGACACCCCACCACUGACCACAUAUCUAUAUGGCUAACCAGCAGGUUAAGUAUUUAAAUUUUUUUCCUCCUUGUUUAAGGGAGGACAACUCAACGACAGAUUGAUAGAUUAUUAUUAUUAUUAUAUUGUGCAGAUAUUCAUGGUGCCCAGAGGAUAAAUCCUACCCAUAUUGGUGAAUCUCUGACUCUUUUCAUCUUGCAUCAUCAGCAGGUUAACGUUUGACUUUUACUUCACAACUGUUGGAUGGAUUGACAUCAAACUUGGUUCACAUGUCCAAGCUCCCCUCAAGAUAAAUGCCACUUUUGUGACCCAGCCCCUGACUUUUUAUGUAGCGCCUCCAACAGGUCGGAAUUGUUGUUUGGUUUUUGACCAAAUUUGGUUAUUGACUAAAGUUAUUGACCAAAGUAUUUUGGUUUAUAAUGAAAUGCCCACGAAUGCCCAUCCUUCAUCAUCACUUCUGCAAGUCGUGUAACAUUCAUGUGUCUUUGGUUCCACCAACAGGCAGCCUCUUCCACCUGCUCGCAUGUUUUACUUAAUCAACAUACAUACAGCCUUGACCAAAAAUCAACAUCUGUUCUGCUUCAAAAUAUUGUGUUUGGGACUCCCAGUGGAGGAUAACCAACACAGUUAGCAAUGCUAAAUAGUUAACCGAUCUGUCAAAUUGCCUCAUAUUGAAGAUUUCUCAGAUGCAAACACAAAAGCUUUACAUAUGUGGCCUACAUCAUUUCUGAACUUCUGCCAAAUCUAGAGACUCUCUCCAGCAGAACAGGUUAGACUGCUGUGUUCCUGCCAACAUCCAUAAAACAAGGAAGCUGCGGUCAAACAUUUUAGUACUGAUAAUUCAUGGAUAUGUCAAUGCAGGUUUGUGAUAAUGAUCAUCUAACUUCCUUCAGUGACUUUGUUUUGCACAUGAUGUGCUCAUGUGACUAUCUGUUCGGACUAGCGAAAGAGAUGAACGACUGAGUGUUCAACAACGACAAUUUGAAGCCAAGACAUGAAGCGCUCUUCUCUGCUUAUUCUGAUGCUCAACGUCCUCUGUGCCUUUUCACAAAUUCCUCAUGAAAUUGUUUAUGUUUCUGGGUGCUUUGAAAACGGGACGUAUGAAGCACAGCUUGAAUUUGAUGCAGAGGAGGUGUUUUACGUGGAUUUUGAAAGACAUGAGGUAGUGUACACUUUGCCCAGAUUUAUUAUGACUGACCCAAGAGAAAAAUUUGAGGGUUAUCAUGUAUAUGACAACGCUCUGAGAGGAAAGAUCUUGUGUUCAGCAAUUUUAAGACUAGGCAAAGCUGAGGAGAAAAGUCCACCAGAGGCAAGAGACCCCCCUGAGAGCAUCCUCUACCCUGCAGAAGACGUUCAGUUGGGAGUUGAAAACAGUCUCACCUGCUUUGUGAACCAUUUCUUCCCUCCUGACAUCACAGUCAGCUGGACCAAGAAUGGUCUUCCAGUGUCGGAGGGCGUGUCACUCAGCCAAUAUUAUCCCAAUAAUGAUCAAACCUUCCACCAGUUCUCUACCCUGACGUUCACACCAAGAGAGGGGGACAUUUACAGCUGUACUGUGGAGCAUUCAGCCCUGGAGAAGCCUACAACAAGGAUCUGGGAACCUGAACUGAAUCAUCCCAGUCUUGGACUAGAUAUUUUCUGUGGAGUGGGCCUGACCAUGGGCUUGCUGGGAGUUGCAGCUGGAACAUUCUUAAUGGUUAAGGGACACCACAGACAAUCAGUUCUGUUUUAGAGAGAUUAUACACGUGGCACUGAUAAUGAUGAUGAAGAUGAUGAUGAUGACAUAUGAAUUUCAUACAGUCAUGAGUCAUCUCAUCAACAGUCAUUUUGACGAAUUAAUGAAUAUCAGGCCUGCAGUGGUUAUUUUUAUUUAUGGCUCAUUCAAGAACAAAUUCAGUGUAGAGAGUGAGUGGAAGGAAAAUUGACAGUGUUUAAACAAAUUUGUAAAGGAAAUAUUUCCUCACCACACAGUUUUAAAUUUGAGAAGGAAAGUGAUAUACUAAGGUAGCUUUUGCAGGAGACACUUAUUAAUAUAAAUUAUCAAUGUGUAUGUGUAUGUGUAUGAUGCAUAUUUCCUGUAAUGAGCACAAGAGAAUAAAUGAAAUAGAAUAAAGGAUAUCUCCAUGGUAAAUUACAGACA